ACCGCCUCACCAUUGGCCGGGGCAGAAAGUGGGAGGGACACGCCGGGAGUCUGAUUCUUUAAACAAACUUUUCAGUAGGACUGCCUGCUUCCCCUUCGCACUGCUGUGUCGGAUCCAGACAAAAGGAGCCUGAUAUUUCUCCCUGAAGGCAAGGCCCAGAUCCAGCCGCCACCAUGUCGAGCAAGCGUGCCAAGGGAAAGACCACCAAGAAGCGCCCUCAGAGGGCCACCUCCAACGUCUUCGCCAUGUUUGACCAGUCUCAGAUCCAGGAGUUCAAAGAGGCGUUCAACAUGAUUGACCAGAACAGAGACGGUUUCAUUGACAAGGAGGAUCUGCACGACAUGCUGGCCUCUCUGGGUAAGAACCCCUCUGACGAAUACCUGGAGGGGAUGAUGGCCGAAGCACCAGGGCCCAUCAACUUCACCAUGUUCCUCACCAUGUUUGGAGAGCGGCUCAACGGUACGGACCCUGAGGAUGUCAUCCGCAACGCCUUUGCCUGUUUUGAUGAGGAGGGAUCUGGCGUGAUCCACGAAGACCAUCUGAGGGAGCUGCUGACCACCAUGGGCGACCGCUUCACAGAUGAAGAGGUGGACGAGCUGUUCCGCGAGGCGCCUAUCGACAAGAAGGGCAACUUCAACUACGCAGAGUUCACCCGCAUCCUCAAACACGGCGCAAAAGACAAGGAUGACGAGUAGAGGGAGGGACCGACAGCACCUGGCCCCCGCACACAUACUGCACCACAAAUCAGUCCCUAGUUCCUACCUUUGGGCCUUGUAGAGAGAAAUUAGUAAGAAUAGUAGGCUAUAUACCGGUAUCAAAGUCUUUUAUAAAAGGGCAGAAAUUGCCAUUGUGUUGCUUCUAUUUAGAUCUACAAGUUUAUGAAAGGUAGAAGCUCAGGAUUCAUUUGGGAUCCAACAAAAUAUUUUGCAAUACACUACUUUUCAACUUGUAUCAUUGAAGGUUUCCAUGAAGAGAAGCACGUCCACUGUGGCCACUCUGAAUGGAAGUGACCUUUUUUAGAUUGUUGCAGGGAACCCGGUUGGACUUCUGAGAUGCAUCAAACAUCAUGUAUGUGUGCGGGGGCUGGAAUGCCAGACUCAGUGCUUCAUAAGAGUACCAGCAAUGUUUACCUCUUCCUGCCAAUUAGCCAUCACACCUGCACAAGCACUGCCACAAGUCUCCUUAUCUGUAAUAUGUGCAUCCCUGUAUGUUGUAAAUGGAUAAAAAGAAGUGAUCUUUCUUGACUGUGUUUAUUAAAUGUGGCGAGUACUUCCACUUGAUGAAAUGGUUGCGAGAGCUUUCAGUCUGAACUCAUAUCUUCCUCCCAUCAGCUGGCUGUGUGUAUUUUUUGAAGGAUCAGGUAUGUCUUGCUGCUGAAGGAAUUCAGUCUUGAAAUUGCUCAUUGUGCAAAUAAAUGUACGUUUAUUCAUACUGUUGACCGUCAAAAGUGUAGAUGGGGUGUUUAAGUAGUCACUGUUUCCAUAUGUCUCCUACUUUCUUCACAUGCUUAAAUCAUCAGUGUACUGUACUUUACAUUGCUGCCAUUUUCCAAAGGACUCUGAACUGUAUGUGUGCACUAACCUGGAUAUUUUUCCAAAACAUUUACUUUGAACUACAUGCUUUGCAAUGUUAACAUAACUAAAUGUUCACUACUGCAAGUACUGAUAAACUGAAGACAAAAGUAAUGCAUCAAUUUGAAAUAAUAAAGACAAAAUAUUUGGAA